AUGUCCUCAGCUUCCACCAGCCAAGGCUAUGUUUUACCCGAAGGCAGAGUCAUUCCAAACACUGUUUUUGUUGGCGGAAUUGAUCUUAGGAUGGAAGAAAAUGAAAUCAGGGGUGUCUUUGCUAGAUUUGGCUCAGUAAAGGAAGUGAAGAUAAUCAGUGACAGAUAUGGUUUGUCCAAAGGCUAUGGAUUUGUAUCAUUUUAUAACGACGUGGAUGUGCAGAAGAUAGUAGAAUCACAGAUAACUUUUCAUGGUAAAAAGCUAAAUCUGGGACCUGCAAUCAGGAAACAAAAUAUAAGUGCUCAUCAUGUGCAGCCAUGUCCUUUGAUUUUUAAUCCUCCUCUGCCACCAUUUCAGAGUGUUGGAAGUAGUCCAAACACUGAAAAUUACAUGCAGCCUCCAGCCAUGUUGAGUCAUCCUAUUACCCAGUAUGUUCAGACACAUCCUCCUUACCAAUGUUCACCAGUUCAGGUGGCCACUGGAUACCAGCUUCCUGUUUAUAAUUGUCAGUUGGCACCUCAGUGGACUACUAGGGAAGAAAGAAGUUAUGUUAUUCCUCCGACUUCUGCUGCUGUUAACUACCACUCUAAUGAAGUUGGUCCAGGAGUUGAAGUUUUGCCAUAUGAUUGCCUGGGCCAUAAAGCUACUCCAAACUCUGGAAACGGCCCACAAAAGAAAUUUGUGAACCGAAGCGUACAGACUUUGGAGUCCUGUCUGUUCAACCCAGAGAACAGAGUGAGAAACUCUUUACUCAGGAAUGACUGUUUCUUUCAGGAUAAAUGA